AAAACAAAAAAAAAAAAUACAAUCUAGAUUUUCUAUGACAUAGGAAAUGAAGCCUCUUUUUUUUUAUAACAUGGAGUGGUUUUCGAAAGCUUUUCCAGACAUCAACUGGUGAAGUUAACACUGCUUCAAUAUGCAUUAGUUCUGAUGAAUAAAUCAGGGGUUAUGGCUACCAUCAGUCGAGUUCGAGGCCAGUAAGCAAGUAAGCAAGUAAGACUAUGUUAAAUGUUUUUCUUCUGGUAACGCUGAUGGUCCUGGAGAAAUAUCUAUCUCCUGUGACAGCCGUGAGCACAGCUUCGGGGACUGAGUUUCUCAUUUCGACACCAGGGUUCCUCACCAAAGAUCUCAGCACCUUUAGCAGCAAGAUCCCAAGUGUGUACCUGCAUAUCUACACCGAGUACACGCAGAGCAAUGUACAAGUCCAAAUCCAGCAGCAGUCCUAUUUCAAACCAAAUCAUCGGAUGGAUAACAAUAUAACCCUAGAGGUCAACUUCACACACCCAAAGGACCUGUACAUAGAGCCGAACUACUACCCGGAACCAGGACCAGGCGUCAUCCCGGUCAAUUACAUCUUAAGUUCCUGGCCUGUCAACAUUAUGGUCAGUAUCAAUGAAGGCAAAAAGGGCCAGGAGACCUUCAGGGCGGUGCCAGUAGCCGGAUGGGGCGCAAAGUACCACGCUGUGACUUUGGGUUCCAGGUAUUCCUUAGUCCUGUUGACUAGCGAGGAACCAAACACCGUAACCAUUGUCUUCCAUAGCAACCAAUCAGAUUUCUCCUACAACCACAGCGGUGUCAUCAUUAAAAAUGGCGAAUCCCUCAAAUUACAAAUAUUUCGGUUCAAACCGUAUGCUGUUACGUCAUGUGACAUCAGAGGCUGUAAAGGUUCACUUACUGGUUCUGUAGUUACUGGAGAAAAGCCGUUUGGCCUGGUUACUGGAAAUUGUCGGUCACCCAACGACCAAAUGUUUUGUCAACCUGCACAAAGAUAUGUGGAGAAUUACUUAGUUGAAAUGAUGCUUCCUCAAGAGAGCUACGGGAGAGAGUUUAUUCUUUUUAAGGAGCAUACCGACUCAAUAGAAGGCUUCACCGUCGUGCUGGCUGGGAGUCCAAACACAGAGGUUCAUACUUACUUUGAUGUGUAUCCAACGGGGGAAAAAGUUGUUCCGAAGUACCUAACCAAUAUCAAUGAUUGGUUACAACUGUACGAGUACGUCGCGUACAUCAACAGCAGUAAAGGAGUGCUGGUCAUGUACGUUAUGGGCACUGAAGAGGAAGAUGGGGGCCCAAGUCUACUUCUGAUUGUUCCAAUGGAGCUUUAUUACUUCAAGUACAUGGUCAUGUCCCCGCCAUUCAACACAUCAACCUUGGACUUUGUUGUAUUUGUGGUCCACGAAGACUACAGGAACUACACUCUGAUAGAGAAUCACAAUCCUGACAUCAGUGUACCGGAUAUUGGGAAGAGAAAAAAUUUGCUUACGACCUUCCGUGUCCGAGGUCACAUGAAAUGGAAAUAUGUAGUAAGUGAACUCCGCCAGAGGUCAAAGUUCGUCGUGGUGUCCACACGAUCAACUUUCGGUUGCUAUCAAUACGGCAUCGGAAAAUUUACAUCGUACAUGCACCCUGCAGGCUUCAUCUCCUCACCAAUCAAUAAGCUAGUUCAGUCAUGUGACCAGACAAGGGUCAGGAUGACACCACAUGACCUGACUGACAACGACUGCGAUGGUCGUAUCGAUGAGGAGAUGGCCAAUGGAGUAGAUGAUGACAACGACACUGACAUUGAUGAAGAUCUGAACAUCUUCUCAGGUGUUGACACGUACGAUGGAGUUAUACAAGCUUCACCAAGGCCAAUGAAAACCACAACAGUCACAACGACUACAACAAAACCAAGCACAACAACAGUUACGCCAACAAGUACGACAGCAACAACGACAACUUCAAGGCCGACAACACAUGCAGUGGCUAAUACAAGCGCCAGCAACAGCACUGCCAGCACCGCAGACAACAGAUUUCUUGUCAAAGGUCAUUGGAUGGAGUGGCACUGCUCACGUGACUGCCAUGACCCGACAUUACACAGAAUAAGAAGUUGUGUCGACGACAAACGGAAUUUGUAUCCAAACUGUGACCAGGAAACAAAGUUAGGGCAAUGCUACGUAGGAGUUCAGUGCCCAGAUGACUGCCCAAUGCACUACUGGGGUAGCGGUUGUGUGCAGAGCUGCAUUAACUGUGAUGACCCGUGUGAUAAGUUCAAUGGCUCGUGCUUAUCCUGUAAUCCAGGCUAUAGAAACCCUGCCCAGUCUUGCAAUGAAGCCUGCUCUGCCAACUACUACGGAAAGAAUUGUGAGGGAGAUUGCCUAGAGAAAUGUGGAGACGAUUGUCUAGAGCGUAUCAACGGCGCGUGUAUAGAAGAGAUAGCUGUUUGGAAAAACGGGCUGCUGGCCUUCGUAAUCAUUACCGUUGUCACCAUAGUCGCCAUCUUUGCAACCAAGAAGUUUACCAAGAUAGAGGAAGAUCCGUUAUAUCUCAGUGUGACACCCACACAAAGUGACACUGACAGUGACUCAAGACAAGGAAAGCCUAAAGUAGAUGUCAAGUCCAAGAAGUCCUCAUCAGCAGUUAGCGUACACGCAAAUCGAUCCAGGACCUCCAGGCAAUCAAAACGUUCAAAGCAGUCUGGGACCUCUUUAAGGACUCACUCCAAAAGGUCCUUAACCCAGAGCCGGUCUGCUACGGGUUCAAAGUCUUUGAAGGGUUCAAGCCAUCAAGUCCCUCUCCCAGUGGUUGCCUGAAUCUAUAUGCUGCCAUAUAUAUAUAUAUAUAUAUAUAUAUAUAUAUAUAUAUAUAUAUAUAUAUAUAUAUAUAUAAAA